CAAGAAGACCAACAAAUGUGAUAUAGAAGCAAUAUAUCGAAAAACAGACUAGAAAUACAUGCUAUUUAUAGAGGGAUGGUGAAUUGGUUAUGCCACUGAAAGGGCAAGGGAGAGGGAGAAAUCUCUAGCUUCGAAAGCGAAGAAACAGUGCUGCCUUUAAAGAUGGCCUCCGAUGACAACGUGCCGUGUCGCGUCUAUGCCAAAAAAUGCUCGAAAACCCUUAUCGAGCCGUGAAUAUUGGUUAAAUCGAAUUGUACAGUGAUUGUGGAGAUAUUCUAUACGAUUGUUCGGUAACGAUAGGAAAAAAUGUUUGGUGUAUCACAGUGUUUAAUUAACUGAAAAGCAAAAAGAUUGACGAGAUGCGAGAUCGGAUCAAUCUAGUGGUAGUCAUUCUACCCCGUGUCGAGUGACAGUAGCUUACGUAACGGAUUAUUCUCGCUAUGAUAACGAUACUCCAGCCACGAAUGCGAAACAAGAAACUGUUUUACCCGGUUAUUCGUGGCGCUGCGCACGAAUCUGCUAGAAAUACGCAUCGCGACUGACCUGAUUAUUCUUUGUCGUUUUGAUAUCGUGCCACGCUACUGUUCGAGUGCAUCCUUUUAGUUUCGAAUCCAGCACGCUGGAAAAUAAUAUUGAAGUUCGUUCUGAUGAAUUAUGACAGCAGCGCUCGUCAUGGAAAACAUAAAUUGGGAUCCUGCUUUGUCCAAGCUGUUAAAUUCUCUACAGGAGAACAAGAACGAAAUACCAAGCUGCACCGAAGAGGAAUUCGGAUUUUUAAGCGAGUUGCUACAAUCAAAGGAAUUGAACGCUUUAGUGAAUGUGCAUAAUAAAAUUUUGAACAAUGUCAAGGACGACAAAUUCUUUCCCGUACUCUCCAAUUCUAUGGAUAUCGACAUCGAAGUUUUGGAUCUGUUGUCCACGAAGACUCACGUCUCGAAGGAUUGCAAAGAACUUUUCCAUUUACUUCAGAAACCACACAUACAGGGCUUGUUAUGCGCCCACGACGCAGUUGCCCAAAAAGAUUACUAUCCUCGAUUGCCGGAAAUUCCAUUGGAAGUGGACGAGGAUGAAGAAACCGUGAAGAUAGUGCAAUUGGUGAAAUCGAACGAACCCUUGUGUGGCGCCGGCGUUGAACCGAUCGUGGGGGCGACCAUUAAAACAUGCGAGGUGACCGGCAAGAUCGUGAUAGCACGAAUAAUGCAUGGCGGCGCGGCCGACAGAUCCGGCCUGAUUCACGUUGGGGACGAAGUUUGCGAGGUGAACGGCAUCAGCGUUGAAGAGACUCCGAACUGUGUUCUCAAGAUAUUGCAAAAUUCCGAGGGUACGAUUACGUUUAAAAUAGUGCCUGCCGACAGCAAAGGAGGAAUUCGUGAGAGCAAGGUACGAGUUAGAGCGCAUUUUUCGUACAAAGCUGCCGAGGAUCCGUACAUACCUUGCAAGGAGGCCGGGUUAGAUUUUUCUAAGGGUGACGUGCUUCACAUCGUCAGCCAGGAUGAUGCUUAUUGGUGGCAAGCUAGACGCGAAGGUGAUCGAAAUAUGAGGGCGGGUUUGAUCCCAAGCAGAGCCCUACAGGAGAGACGAAUUAUCCUUGAAAGGCAGCAAAAGGAGAAAACCGACGAUGACAAUAUGAAGAACGACGAUUUCGACCGGGAAGAAAUACCGACCUACGAAGAGGUCGCAAAACUCUAUCCAAGACCGGGUCUCUACCGACCGGUGGUUCUGAUCGGGCCACCCGGUGUCGGAAGGAACGAGCUCAAGAGGCGGCUUAUGGCCACCGACCCCGAUAAGUACAAGACACCUGUCCCCUAUACCUCGAGACAGCCGAGACCGGGCGAAAUUAACGGGAAAGAGUAUCACUUCGUUAACCGUGAAAAGAUGGAGGAGGAGAUCGAGGGUGGCAAGUUUAUAGAAUACGGGGAGUAUAAAGGGAACUUGUACGGUACGAGUUGUGAGAGCGUGAGCUCGUUGAUAAACGCCGGAUACGUGUGUCUAUUGAACCCUCAUUACCAAGCGUUGAAGAUGCUUCGAACUCCGCAGACAAAACCAUACGUGAUAUACAUUAAACCGCCUAGGUUCGAGAUAUUGAAAGAAACGAGGAACGAUGCUAGAGCAAGGUCAACUUUCGACGAGAGCAAUUCUCGGGGUUUCACGGACGAAGAGUUUAGCGAAAUUUUGCAUAGCGCUGCAAGGAUCGAAUUUCUGUACACUCAUCUGUUCGACGAAGUAAUCGUGAACGCCGAUCUUCCUAUUGCGUUUGAACAACUGGUGAACGCUGUUCAUCGGGUUGAAUCGGAACCGCUUUGGGUACCUGCUUCGUGGGUUCAAUAAAUUUUGUUUCGAGCGAAAAAAAAAAUUACGAUCGACGGAUGCUUUUCUUUAAAUUAUUCAAGUUGUACUUUUUCAGUAAACCGCCUGCCUGUUUUCCUCAUCUUCACUUCUAUAGCAUUUCAAAUCGAUAGGUACUCUCCAUGAAGAAUGUCGAUGCCUUUAUACCUAUAUAUAUAUAUAUAUAUAUAUACAUAUAUAUAUUUACAUUUUUGACACGUCGAGAAUUACAAAACUCGAUCCGAUUUACUUUAAACUAUUUUGUUCUUUUCAACGUGAAAUGAAACUCGUUCUUCGUUACAUAAUGGAUAUAUGUGUGUAUUGUAUUUGGAUCGAUAGUGUUUAAGAAGUUCGUAUUUUUACCAAUGAUCUCGUUUUUAAACGUUUAAGUUAACGUUUUAUUCAUCUUUGAUUUUUAACGUAUCGUGCAUUCACAUGCACAACAUUAGAAUUUUUACUGCCACGAAUUAAAAGCAUCUCGUGAUGAAGGAGAAAGCAUUGUUUUCGCGUGUGAAAGAAUUUGAAAGUGUAACGUAAGCACGGGAACCGUGUAAAAAUUCUUGGGUAAAUUUUUGGGAUCAACGAUUAUAAAUGGUACCUCGUUGAGACGAGUGGAAAAGUUGAUGAAUUGAAAUUUUGAAAUGUUAAAUAAUCGUUACUAUACCACUCGUGACCAUUGAUCCCAGUUGUUGAUUGUUGCCAAAUAAGUAUCGUACGUAAAACAUGUGAGAAUCAUCUCACAAGUAUUAUUGUAUUUUCCACCUGAUCAGCAUUGCCACGAUAUUGCUAUUUUUUUCAUAAUUAAAGGGCUGCCAGUAUGAGGAAGAUUUAUGCACGCUAUAUUAUUAGCGUUGCAUCAAAUAGUUCAUCCUCGAUGUAAACUCUCUAUGUUAUCGAAAUAUAGUAUUACACUUUGAGAUA